AUGGCCCACCCGGCGCAGUUCCCCAUGCCUUUCGAUAUCCAAGCACCAGUCCAGCAUGCUGGUCCCGCAUAUAAUUCUCUGACGCAAGCCUUCCAACACAAAGACAAAAACCGCUUCCCUCAGGCGUACCUGGGCACAACCGACCCCCGCGACGUCAAGACGGGCAUCCAACAAACAAGGGACAGGCCCUUGAAGGAAUCAUACCGCUGGAUCCUCGACCACUCUGACUUCCGGCAAUGGCGCGACGACGAAGACACGCGGCUGCUCUGGAUCAAGGGCGACCCCGGCAAGGGCAAGACGAUGCUCCUCUGUGGCGUCAUCGACGAGCUGGAACCAGAGACAAAGUUGAGGAAACCGGAUGCAACCAGCCUAUUGUCGUACUUUUUCUGCCAGGCCACCGUCCCCAAGCUCAGCAACGCUCAAGCUGUCCUGCGCGGUCUGAUCUAUAUGCUCGUGAAUAAGCAGCAGCCGUCGCUUCGCUCGCACGUAGAGGACAGAUUCAAGGAUACAGGAGAGCCGCUUUUUGGGGAUACGGAAGCUUUGUCGGCAUUGUGCGAUAUCGUUAAGGGCAUCCUGCGUGAUCGAAACCUGCAGACAGUAUAUCUAAUCGUCGACGCUAUUGACGAAUGCGUCGAGGACCAAGACAAGCUCUUGGACUUUAUCCUCCAGGAAGCACAGCUGCCCUGCGUCAAGUGGCUCAUCUCUAGCCGGAACACCAUCAAACCGCGCACACGGCUAGAGCAUUCGCAAUCGAUCGUGAGCCUCGAACUCCGGGAGAAUGCAGAUUCUGUAUCCCAAGCUAUCUCUGCUUAUAUUGCCGACAGGACAUCUAAGAUUAGUUCUCUACUGAACGACCCUCCACUCCAGCAAUACGUUCAGCGGGUCCUACACCAGAAGGCCGAGGGCAAUCCCGGCACACUGAUCGACAACGUUCAAGUGCCGAAUCCAGAUCCGCUAGCUUCGAUACGAUACUCUUGCGAGUUCUGGAUUGAUCACCUUUGCUUCUCGAACGGCGAGAACCCCGCAUGCUCGAGUGAACUGAUGGACGACGGGAUGGUAUCGAAGUUUCUGAGAGAUCACCUACUUCACUGGCUGGAGUCUUUGUCUCUUAUUAGGAAACUCUCACAUGGGGUAGCAUCGAUAAGAAAGCUUCUUCUUGCUACUCAGCUACGAACGAAGACCACGCUUGGCCUGAAAAGACUUUUAAAAGAAGCGAAAAAGUUUGUUCUCGGUCAUGGGAUCAGGGCGGGAUGGGGCGCGCACCAGCAGACGCUCGAGGGGCAUAGCAGUUCGGUCCGCGCCGUAGCCUUCUCACCGGACGGCAGGACGGUCGCGUCGGGUUCAGCAGAUGAGACAAUCCGGCUCUGGGAUGCAGCAACGGGCGCGCACCAGCAGACGCUCAAGGGGCAUAGCAGUGCGGUCUACGCCGUAGCCUUCUCACCGGACGGCAGGACGGUCGCGACGGGUUCAGACGAUAGUACAAUCCGGCUCUGGGAUGCAGCAACGGGCGCGCACCAGCAGACGCUCGAGGGGCAUAGCAGUGGGGUCUCCGCCGUAGCCUUCUCACCGGACGGCAGGACGGUCGCGACGGGUUCAGACGAUGAUACAAUCCGGCUCUGGGAUGCAGCAACGGGCGCGCACCAGCAGACGCUCAAGGGGCAUAGCAAUUGGGUCUUCGCCGUAGCCUUCUCACCGGACGGCAGGACGGUCGCGUCGGGUUCAGGCGAUAGUACAAUCCGGCUCUGGGAUGCAGCAACGGGCGCGCACCAGCAGACGCUCAAGGGGCAUAGCGGUGCGGUCUACGCCGUAGCCUUCUCACCGGACGGCAGGACGGUCGCGACGGGUUCAGGCGAUAGUACAAUCCGGCUCUGGGAUGCAGCAACGGGCGCGCACCAGCAGACGCUCAAGGGGCAUAGCGGUGCGGUCUACGCCGUAGCCUUCUCACCGGACGGCAGGACGGUCGCGACGGGUUCAUACGAUGAUACAAUCCGGCUCUGGGAUGCAGCAACGGGCGCGCACCAGCAGACGCUCAAGGGGCAUAGCAGUGCGGUCUACGCCGUAGCCUUCUCAUGCGCUUCCGGGUCUUCAGGUGUUUCGGACACUUCUAUCAAGCCGUCAGCUACUCUCUUGUUAGUCAAUGAUUGGAUCACUCGAGAUGGGAAAAAGCUUCUCUGGCUUCCUCCUGAUUACCGCGCACGAUGCGUAUCGUGUUCGAGUACCUUCGAGGUGCUUCUCGUGCUCCCUAUGGUUCGUCAGUGCUUUUCCGACCAGAAGCGCACUGUGUCAGCCCCGGCCCAGGGUUCCAACGGUCCAUGCGGAGAAAGUUUGAACAUCGAAAUUAUGGACACUCAUUUCGGUCUCUACUGCACGAAACAGUUAAAUUGGAUCGGAGGAGUCGUCCGCCUCCCGCUGCCGAUGCGAGAGGGCUCAAGGGACAAAGCCUUCAGUGUGACGCUGGGCUCCAUGUCGGAGCAAAACCCAUUCUCAGGCGAGCUUGCGGCUGUUGGGUACGCGUUGAGGUGGAUUCGAAAUAUCAGGUACCGGAAGAUCAUCCUUGCCACCAGCAACAAGGCAGCCGUGAUGGUCUUGGAGCGACCACACCAGCAAUCAGGGCAACAAUAUCUCUGUCAGGCGUACGAUGCGAUAAGUGCCUUACGCAAGGCGGGAAACACGAUCUCGGUGGUCUGGAUCCAAGCGGGUACCAAAAACGAGCUCCUGAACACAGCCAAAGCGAAAUCAAAGGAAGCAACGCGGCGGGACGCUACGCCACAAACCCAGGAUCCUGCCAUGCGGUCAACAGCCCUCCGUAUUCAACACAUACCUGCAUCGCAUCAAAGCAGCACCGUCAGAUCAGUGGAGAUGCUGCAAUGUACGGAUGUCCACAGGGGGAACCUCUCCUUCUACCUGGGAGGAAAGUCGCCCUCGGAUGACAAGGACUGGUCCCCCAACAUGCGGGCGGUGCGGGCGACGAUACGUUUUGCCAUUACCACAGGUCGUCUGAGGACAGAACAACAACAACAGAAUGAAGCAAACUAA